UGCUUUCAGUUACUCUUCCAUUAGAAUUAAAUAUAAUGGUAUGAAUAGCAUUCUUGAAAAAGAAUUAACUUGCUCUAUUUGUUUGGAUAUUGCUGAUAAUCCUGUCGAAACUAAAUGCUGCCAUCAUAUAUUUUGUGAAAGUUGCAUAAAUAAUUUAUCGUUUUGUCCUUUAUGCAUGACAUCACCACUUGCAUUUAAAAAAUCACAUAUUCUUAGACGGUUGAUUGGUAAUUUUACAAUAAAAUGUGAAAAUGAAGGUUGUGGAAAAGACAUUGCUCGAUCUGAAUUUUCUAAACACAAUUUGUUAUGCGAGUUUUCAAUCUUAAAAUGCUAUAUACCAACUUGCAAUUUCAAAUCAAAGAAAAAAGACUUAAUGAAUCAUUUAGUAAUCUCUCAUAGUGAUUCUAUCAUUAAGAUAUUGAAAGAGUAUUACUCUGCAAACUCAUCCAAUCAGAUCAAUGUACAUGAAGAGCCUAAUAACUCUCAUAGUUUUAUUAGUACUAAAAUUAACUCAAAGGGUAGACAAGCUAGGCUUGGUGCGACGGGAAAAUAUUAUUGCUCUGGAAGUCUUGAUUUAGCGUCAAAAUGUAAAUGUUGUGAUGGAAAAUGUGGUCCAAUUGAUGGGUGUAAUUGUACCUCAUGUAUGGCACUAGAUAUUAGUACUCGCAAACUUCCAUUAGGCUGGUAUGUUAAUAAAGAAGGUUUUCCAUGCGUAAAAAGUGAAUCUGGAAAAUUUUAUUGCGGCAGAAAUAUGGACCUUAAAUUUUCUGAUGGUUACUGUGGUCCCGAUGAUGGACCAAACUGUUUGUCAUGUCAAAUUAUUGGAUUUGAAGAAAGUGCUUAUCAAGUAGUUCUAUAAAUUUUUAUUUUAGCACCAAACCAAUUUUUUGUUUUUCAAACAUUUUAAAAAAACUUUAAUCUUAACAAACUGCAAUUAUGAAUUUUUCAAAUUAUAACUAUUUUUAAAUGGU